UAGCUGCUAGUGUACACGCUAGUAGUGACUUUUUUCCUAUUUCUUCGACUUUUUAGACGCAUUGAUCAAAUAUUCGACAAGUCCGACGUUGGGGUGGGCGGGCCGAUGAAUAAAAGAUGGACCCGAAGAAGAUGGUUCGUACCGUUUGAUUUAUUUACAAAAAGCUGGGCGAUUGGGAUUAGCUGUAGAGUUCGUGCUGGAUAGGCUAAUUGGCCCCACCUGGAUUGCCCAAGAAAGGAUUUGUGAGUCUGUAUCCGAUCGAUCUUUGAACACACACACUUUUACCUACGGUUGUGUUGGUUAGAUUGGACGGAAAUGAGUCACUUGUGUAUUUGAAAAAUAGAAAAAAACCGGAGCCAAAAUGUUUGAUGCGACGCCAUCUGAUGCCUUUUGCGUUUCCCAAUGUGUAUAUACAUCCACAUUUACGUAAGCAGACGCCGAGAGAACUGGGAGAAAAGUCUCUACCCACAACACGCAAGCCAAAAAAAAACCCCGAAAAUAUAAAUACAUUGUGGAAUGGGAUGUGUAUACGGUCGAGCGUGUCGUGUCACGAUCCUCCGUGAACUUUUUUUUUUCCCCUUUUUUUUUAUUUCUUCUUAUUUUUCUUGGCCGUUCUAGUGGGCGGAAAAAGAAGAAGAAAAAAAGUCGCUCACGGAGAGCUGUGAGCUGGCCGCCAUGACGACGGCCGCGGGAAACUUGACAAUCAGCCGCCGACCCCUGUGUGCGAGUGAGUAGAGAGAGAAACCCGCGAGAGAGACUCGCCUGAGUAAAAUUAGUCUCGCUUCAGUCGCAAACAAUCACGGUCACGCUGGCGGCCAGCUCCGGCCAACGGACACACGUACCGGGCGCAAAAAAAAAAGUCGUGCGGGAUUUUUUUUGUUUUCUUCUUUCUGUCAAGCGACGUUUAAAAAUAAAAUAUUUUUCGCCCGCCCCGACAGUCUUGUGUGUGUGUUGCCCAGCAAACAGUCGGCCCCUGGUCUACGUGUAGACGGACACAAGUCGUUAUCAUCGUCGUGGCUGCUGUCGUGAUGUUGUUGUUGACUCGGUGCGUUGAUUAAAAAAAGGAAAUUCGAAAGACAUACCCACCCAUCCAACACGCAAGAUGAUCGAUUGGGUUUCCAUCGUCCGACAAUCGAAUCGACGCUUUUCCAACUGCAUGUAUUUCGUGCCGCGAUCACGACGCCAUCGACAAAAGCGCGAACGAGUCCUAGCACAUCCGGCAGCAGCAGCAGCAGCAGCAGCUCCUGUCUCGUUGGAGGCAGAAGACCCGGCCGAUCGAUGCGAGCACAAAUGCAGCACCAGCUGUUUCAAAAGCCCACGACAUCACGGGACUAGGGGACGACAGGACAACGAUCCUAUGGUGUCGGUUGACAUGGUGGACGGUCACGUCAACGAGUCGGUCAUUUCGGCGACAGAGAGGAUCGUGAUCCAGCAACAGUCCAAUAACCUCAAGAUUCAAUCUCACCUGUCACCCGGAUUGGUCGUGGACAAGCAUGCGAACGGAGGCGAUGAAUCGGCGUGGGAUUACGAAGAAAUUAUUCUCGAGAGAGGCAGCUCUGGUUUGGGAUUCAGCAUCUCGGGUGGAACUGACAACCCGCACAUCGGCGACGAUCCAGCCAUCUGUUUGACGAAGAUCAUCCCGGGCGGUGCGGCUGCCAUCGACGGCCGCAUGAAGAUCAACGACGUCAUCUUGAAAGUGAACGAUGUGUCGGUGGUGAACGUUCCCCAUUCAGCUGCAGUCGAAGCGCUCAAAAGGGCCGGCAACCUCGUCCGUUUGAGCGUCAGGCGACGCAGACAGCCCCGAUCUCCUCGCAUCGUCGAAAUUGAAUUGUGCAAGGGCAACAAAGGACUGGGAUUCAGCAUCGCGGGCGGCUCGGGAAAUCAACAUAUUCCCGGCGAUAAUGGAAUUUACAUUACCAAGAUCAUGGAUGGCGGAGCGGCUCAAGUUGACGGGCGACUCGCUGUCGGCGACAAAUUGAUUCUCGUCCGGAAUUUACCCUUGAUGACGGAGAAAAAUUUAGAAAACGUUUCGCACGAGGACGCCGUUUCGGCGCUCAAGUGCACGUCAGAUCGCGUCGUAUUGGUCGUGGCCAAGACGGAUGCGCCUCUAGCGCCGAUGCAAGUCGUCGGACAGCCCCCUACUACUCUCCUGCAACAAACGCCUCUACUCUCACAGUCGGCCGUCAAUCUAACGACUCACCACUCGCAUCAGCCUCCGUCUCCUAAUCCAGGACUCGCGCCUCUUGACGUCAGCGGUGCCUACGAUCCGAUCGAAAUUCCUGGUGCACUUCAAGUUUCGACUCCGCGGGCCGUUAGCGAAGAAGACAUUGCCAGGACUCCUCGAUCUGUGGUGCUAUCAAAAGGAACGACCGGAUUGGGUUUUAACAUUGUCGGUGGUGAGGAUGGCGAAGGCAUUUUCAUCUCGUUCAUCCUGGCCGGCGGUCCAGCUGACGUGAGCGGCCAACUCCGACGUGGAGAUCAAAUCCUUUCCGUCAAUGGACACGACCUCAAACAUGCCACUCACGAACAAGCGGCAUUAACACUCAAGGGAGCGGGCAAUACUGUCACGCUGUGCGUUCAGUACCGACCUGAAGAGUAUAACCGCUUCGAAGCCAAAGUCCACGAACUCAAACAGCAGAUGAUGACCGGCACUCUGAUGAGGACCUCACAGAAACGAUCCCUCUACGUCAGGGCCCUUUUUGACUACGACCCCAACAAGGACGACGGACUGCCCAGUCGUGGCUUGUUUUUCCGCUACGGAGAUAUUCUGCACGUCACCAACGCCUCGGACGACGAAUGGUGGCAAGCGCGACGCGUGUUGGCCACUGGCGAAGAGGAGGGUAUUGGUAUCAUUCCCUCCAAGAAAAGAUGGGAACGGAAGCUGAGAGCUCGUGACCGUACCGUCAAAUUCCAGGGCAAAAGUCCUACUCAAGAUCGGCAAUCUACUUUGGAGAGGAAGAAGAAAAAUUUCAUCUUCAGCCGGAAAUUCCCAUUCGUUAAGAGCCGCGAGGAUCAGUCCGAAGAAGGUUCAGAUCAAGAACCUUCGGCAAUGACACCAUCAGAAAGUGACUCCACCAGCCUUAAAGAGGAAGCUGUUUUCUCCUACGAGUCGGUUCAGCAAAUUGAAAUGACUUACACCAGACCAAUCAUUAUCCUUGGUCCACUCAAGGACCGCAUCAACGACGACCUCAUCUCCGAGUUUCCCGAAAAGUUUGGCAGUUGCGUCCCUCAUACGACUCGGCCGAAACGGGACUACGAGGUUGACCAGCGGGACUAUCAUUUCGUGGCCUCCAGGGAGCAGAUGGAAGCCGACAUUCAAAACCACCUCUUUAUCGAGGCCGGCCAGUAUAACGAGAAUCUUUACGGCACUUCUGUCGCAUCCGUUCGGGAAGUAGCCGAGAAGGGCAAACAUUGCAUCCUGGAUGUCAGCGGCAACGCCAUCAAGCGGCUCCAAGUUGCUCAACUCUACCCCAUAGCUAUUUUCAUAAAACCCAAAUCAGUAGAGGCCAUCAUGGAGUGGAACAAGCGGAUGACGGAAGAUCAAGCCAGAAAAACUUAUGACCGAGCCAUGAAACUAGAGCAAGAAUUUGGCGAGUACUUUACCGCCGUUGUUCAGGGCGACACACCGGAAGAAAUCUACGCCAAAGUCAAGGAAGUGAUUCGAGAGCAAUCCGGUCCCACGGUUUGGGUUCCAGCCAAAGACAAACUUUGAAUUGCCAUCGUCUUCAUCAAAAGAAAAACUUGUUUUUGGACGAGACUUCUUGGGUCGUCGAUUCUCCAUCCUUUUUAACUUUUUAACAUCAAAACGACAGAUCAGAAAAAAAAUCCACCAUUUUUAUAGCCCAUCUCGCCGUCAUUUCUUCUUCAGCGAUGCUGAUAGCACCGACCUGAUGACUAUACAAAUUGCAUGCCAAUCCUUCCUUCCUUCUUUUUUUUCUUAGGAUUUUUAAAAAUUGUUGACUUGGACGAAAUUCCUUGUUGUUCAUGCAUUUCUUUUUCCAAUUCUGGACAAUGACUCCCAUUUCUUCUUUUCUGUGUAUUUUUCUCUCCCCCCUGAUUAAAGAAAAAAGUUAAUUACUGUGAAUAUAGAAAACCACAAGAACAAAAACCAACAAGCAGAUAAAAAGCUGGGACAUUUUUCCGGUCAAAAAGAGGAAAAAGAAAGAAAUUCGAGUGGAUUUUUCGUUGCUGCUAACAGCUGCUGCCAAACGUUCCAUCACGUUCUUAUUUGUUAGACCUGUUUCAAAUGUUUAAGAAAAUGCGCCAUGUUCUUGAUAACCAAUCCAUUUUAUUGUUGCUUCUCUCCCCCCGUCCUUCUAGAGAAUGUAUUUACUUGCCUCCUUUUUCUGACGAACAUUUUCA